AUGUUUGGCUUAAAGUUUCUGUCCACAGCAGCCACCUGGCUUGCAUUCUCCCUCUCCAUAGUUGAUGCCCGCAACUUCCAGAAUCCUCUCAAGAACCCCAAUGGAUCCGAUCCUUUCAUCGUCUAUACUGGUGGGUACUACCACCUUCUAACGACAACUUGGACGAAUAUCCAAGUCACCCGUGCUACCACCUUAGCUGGUCUCAAAACUGCCUCUCCAACUACAAUCUGGACCGACAGUACUGCCUCCCGCUCCGGUAACUUCUGGGCUCCAGAAGUCCAUUGGCUUGAUAAUAGAUGGUAUUUAUACUACACCGCUGGCACGCAAGAAUGCUGUGGCGGUCAGCGCAUGCAUGUCCUCGAAGGUGGAACCAACAUCCUUGAUAGAUAUACUUACAAACGGGCUCUCGAAUCUGGUAUCUGGGGAAUCGAUGGAUCGAUCCUUAGAUUCCCAGAUGCAUACUACCUCGUCUGGUCCCGCUUUUCACCAGCGGGGAGGCAGUCGAUGUAUAUUGCUAAAAUGAGUAAUCCGUAUACCAUUCAAACACCAUAUUUACUCUCGGAACCCACAAAUUCAUGGGAAAUUGUCGGAGGCGCGGUUAACGAAGGUCCUGCGGCUUUGUAUGGCGGUGGGAAGACUAUGAUUGUGUUUUCGGCUUCGUAUUGUUGGACGAGUAGUUAUCAACUUGGAUUGUUAACGUACAAGGGUAGUGGUGAUCCAUUGCAGGCGAGCAGUUGGACGAAGAAGGGGCCUGUAUUCCAGGGCGCUAAUGGGAAUUACGGAGCCGGACAUAAUGGAUUCUUCACAAGUCCUGAUGGCAAAGAAACCUGGAACGUCUAUCAUGCCACUGGUAACUCCAACGGCGCAUGUGAUGGUAACCGAUAUACCAUGGCUCAAAAGGUCAACUGGAAUUCUGAUGGCACACCGAACUUUGGGUCUCCGCCACCAUUGUCACAGACGAUUACGGGUCCUUCGGGAGAGCCAGCAUAA